UAAUAAUUUCAUAAGGACGACGUGCCGAGUACCGACUAACCCAUAACAAAAUAAAUUAAUUUUAUUAUGGACUAACCGACUACCGAGAAAUAUAUUAAGUUAGUGUUCUACAGACAAGACUUCACUGCACACCUAAAAUUCUAGACGAGUUUUCAGAAAUUUUGUUAUUCGAUUACGACUAUCAACAAUCCACGUUUUGGUUUCAGGUAAACAUAUCUAGUCCCAUUGUUCUGGAUUUACCAUGUUCCACAGAGUAUUUCAGUUAAGCAGUUCGGUAUGCCAAACCACAGUUCUACGAUUUCACGUAUUCAAACACCAUCAACGUAACAUGCACUGUCGUAAAAUCAUAUACGAAGAAUAUGGAGAUCCCGCGAAAGUCGCCAAUCUUGUAGAAGAUACAUUACCUGACAAACUUGAUGAAAAACAGGUUUUGUUGAAAAUGAUUGUUGCACCAGUCAAUCCAGCAGACAUUAACAUUAUUCAAGGUGUGUAUCCCAUAAAACCACCGUUACCCAUGACUGGGGGCUUUGAAGGAAUUGGGGAUGUUGUGGCAGUCGGAUCGCGUGUUACUAAUCUUGUUCCUGGAGAUCGAGUUGUAUCAGAUGGUGCUAUGGGUACUUGGUGUACAGCUGGUAUAUUUGAUUCAGAACAACUAAUAAAAGUAAGUAAAGAUACCGACGUGUAUGCAUUAAGUGGUAUUUCUUCUAAUCCAUGUACUGCAUACAGAAUGUUACAUGAUUUUGUAUCUCUAAACAAAAAUGAUGUUAUUAUACAAAAUGGAGCAAACAGUGCAUGUGGUCAGAAUGUCAUUCAAUUGGCAAAUAUUUUUGGCUAUAUAAGUGUAAAUAUUAUACGCAAUCGACCUGAACCCGAUUUGGAAAAUUUGAAAAAUCAUCUCAAGUCUCUAGGUGCUUCAUACAUACUUACUGAAGAAGAGUUAAGGACUACAGAUUUAUUUAAAAGUGGAUUUUUACCUAAACCACGUUUAGGAAUAAACAAUAUAGGUGGUAAAAGUUCUACAGAAGUUUUACGCACAUUGAAUAAUGGUGGUGUGAUGGUGACUUACGGUGGUAUGUCCAAACAACCAGUCAUUGUUCCAACUGCUUCUUUUAUAUUUAAAGAUAUUCAACUCAGAGGUUUUUGGAUGACUAGAUGGCGUAAUGAAAAUGCUCAUACAAAGCAAUAUGACCAAAUGUAUGAUGAACUUAUACAAUUUAUGAAAAAUGGCAAGUUAAUUGCACCUGCUCAUAAGACUUUACCAUUAGAUUCGUUCCAAGAAGCUUUAGAAAACACUGUAACAUCAAAAGGCUUCAUUGGUCAUAAAUAUUUUUUAAAUUUACAACAAUAAAUGUUGUAACUAUUACUUAAUACUUAUAUUGGUAUUUAUUACUUAAAUAUAAUAUAUUUAUAUAUUUCAAUAAAAUAAUCUUAACUGAACUGUAUAUUGUACUAGUAUAUUAUAUAUUAUUUAUAUUUUUUUCUGUUAACUAAUUUUUAAAUAAAUUUGUUUAAAUUUAA